UCACCACCCACUGUGUUAUCAAUUCUAUUCUACUUUAUAUGACUGUCUUGUCAGUCAGUUCCCUGUUGUGUUAUCGCAGUGCUUCAAAGACUUCAAAUUUUUAUUAAUGAUUCACAAAUCUACUCUGUCAAAGUUGCCGAUUUUUUUGCACUUUCAUCGUUUGUCGCCGUUCCACCGCUCGCAGUAUCAAAACACCGGUCGUUUAUUGAGCCCAGCUGGAUACCGUUGCCUCUCGCAGCACGCUACAAUGUCGGAGAACAAAUCGCCGCUGCUGGAGCGUGCCAGAAAUAUUGUGCCUCAUCUGGAAGCGCACCGCCACAAGGGUCAGGCUGGCCGAAUCGGAGUGGUGGGUGGAUCGCUGGAAUACACCGGAGCGCCGUAUUUUGCGGCCAUCAGUGCCCUGAAAGUGGGAGCCGAUCUGGUGCACGUAUUCUGUCCUCAAGCGGCAGCACAGGUGAUUAAAUCCUACAGCCCAGAACUGAUUGUCCAUCCUCUACUGGAUUCGAAUGAUGCCACUAUGCAGAUUGAGCCCUGGUUGGAACGGUUGCAUGUGUUGGUAAUUGGCCCCGGGUUAGGUCGGGAUCGUCAGAUACUGCAAACUGUGUCAGAACUGAUAAAGAUCUGCCGACAACUGCAGAAACCACUUAUUAUCGAUGCUGACGGACUGUUCCUAAUCACCCACGACAUCAGCUUGGUGAAGGACUAUUACGGUGUGAUUUUGACUCCGAAUGCCAUUGAAUUCUGCCGAUUGUUCGGUAACGAUCGGGAUCGCAUUAUGCAAACACUGGAGAAGCUUGGUCGUGGGGUAACUGUGAUCGAGAAGGGUCUAAACGAUAGGAUCUACGAUUCGCUGACGUUGGAAAAGUACGAAUGCCCUCAAGGUGGUUCGGGGCGAAGGUGCGGAGGACAGGGUGAUUUACUGGCCGGAGCUCUUGCUACGUUCUACUACUGGGCGCUGGAAUCUAAGCAGGAGAUCAGUCCGGCAAUAGUUGCGUGCUUUGCUGCUAGUUAUUUAACGAAAAACUGUAAUACUUAUGCAUUUAAGUCCAAAGGCCGCAGCAUGACUUGCACAGAUAUGAUCGAGCAAAUCCACACUGUGUUCGACGAUAUAUUUGAACAUAAAAAAGAGUAGGUUCUAACAAAUACAGGCCAAUAAACGGAAGAUCGUCACCA